AAAUAGUACGUAAAACUAGCAACAUAUGUCCGCAGUGGGGGGGAAACGACCGAGUAAAACAAGGUUAAUAAACAAACAGAUGUGUAACAUUUGAGCCUCGCUGGGAUAGGCAAAUAAUGGAAAGGAGUAAGUGGUUAUUUCAAAACUAAAAUCCCGACUGUCCCCAUUCUCCGGUCUUUACUUUUCCCGGGACUCUGCGACUAGACACUCCACUAGCAAGUAUAGUAGCGCGCGCUAGUUAGCCCGUCAGCGAAGCCACAUAAUAUCUGCUAACUUCGUGCGCGCUGAGAAAAUGGUCUUAUGCAAGGUUGCAUGGCACCCCAUUUUAGUGUGAGCUAAGGACAUUGACUUUCAGGCAUCUAUUUUUCGCUGUAUACAAAGAAGGGGGAAGCAGCGCAGUAGUUUCUCUUUGGCAACGUGCGUAGUGGUUUGGCAGCCCUGUUGAGGGCCCAGGGAUGUACUCACGCAAUUCACUAUGGAGUUAUGUCAGAUGUGUGUUCAUGUCUUUGAUGAAAAAGGUGUACCUGUUAAAUCCUCUGGAGAACCUGAGGAGCUACAUCAAUAAUCGUCCACCACUGGUCAUCUUUAUGGUCAGCGUCAGCGCCGUGGCCAUCGCCUUCCUCACCAUCGGCUACUUCUUCAAAAUCAAGGAGAUCAAAUCCCCAGAGAUGACUGAGGACUGGAACAUCUUCCUUCUGCGCUUCAACGAGAUUGACUUCUGCGUAUCAGAGAAUGAGACGCUCAAGCACAGCUUGAACGAGUCAACCACGCCCGAAAGCACGGUGACCAGUGGCCAGGCGCGCUCCAGCACCCAGGCCCCGCUGCUUCUGGAGGACCCGGGCCCAAUCAAUAUCUCUGUUCCCAUCACCCUUACCCUGGACCCACUGAGGCCCUUCGGGGGCUACUCACGUAACAUCACCCACCUCUACGCCACCGUGCUGGUGGGACAGGUCGGCCUGGCCGGCAGGGAUGCCCACGAGGAGAUGAACAUCACCUUCACACUGCCAGCGUCAUGGAAUUCUGAUGAGUGCGUGCUGCACAGCCACUGUGAACAAGUGGUGUUUAGCACUUGUAUGACCAUCACUGCUGCCAGCAACGUCUUCCCUGUCACAGUGCAACCGCCCCACUGUGUCCCAGAGACCUACACAAACGCCACGUCCUGGUACAAGAUCUUCACCACGGCCCGUGACUCGGACACCAAGUACACGCAGGACUACAACCCUUUCUGGUGUUACAAAGGAGCCAUCGGCAAGGUGUACCACACCCUCAACCCCAAGCUGACUGUCAUCGUGCCAGACGACGACCGCUCACUCAUCAACCUACACCUAAUGCACACCAGCUACUUUCUCUUUGUGAUGGUCAUCACCAUGUUCUGUUAUGCUGUUAUCAAGGGCCGGCCAGGGAAAGUACGGACAACCACCAACCCAGACUUUUGCGCUGAAAAGGUGGCCUUGUCAGAGGGGUAAGAAGAACUCUAGGAUCGCCAUCAGAACUGAAAUAUAACCGAGGAUGAAGUAAAAUUAAAAAAGAACAGUUGCCUACUGAACCCUGAAAAUAAUACUGGGCUGUACAGCUCUGUGAAUGCAUUUUUCUGCAAUGUUGGAUCACUCCAACCAAAGACAUAUAAGUGCCUGUAUCUACUGUGUAAAUAUUUGUAGGAACUCAUGAAUUCAGUACAGAAACAGUUUGCCUGAGCCCCCCCGUGCCAUUGGUGACAAAAUUCCAAAAUGCAAUAUCAGCAAAGCUAGAAGUCCUAACGCAAAAUUGACUGAAUGGGAACUGCACUUCCACAUUGUCACCAGUCUUUGUCCCAUUUUCGUCACACACACAUUUUGACCCUCACAUAAUCCAGUCCGGGUAAUACAAGUUCCUACGUGUCUUCAUGUGUGUAUGGUGAAAAAUCUUUGGUUUCCUCGUGACAACGGGCCUUUGUCACACUGAAAUAAGAUUUUGCUGCCUUUCUCUUCCCCUUUAGUUUCUUCAUCAUUCACUGUAUUCUUGAGUGGUUUAUCCUUGCUUGCAUUCUGAAAGUCCUGCAAUUGUGUCUCUGUGUGUGGAAGGCCAGCUUACCCGCCUCAGGAGUGUUUUAGGCCACACGCCUUUUAUAGCACCUGGAAGUUACAUUUUAACUGACAAGAGGCCUGUCUAUGUCAAGUGGACUUCAAGAAAGAUUGGUAGCAACAAAAUGUCAACCUCCAUCUCCUAUGUUCUUCCAAUAAGCUUGUUGCUUUAAAUCAAGUGUUGUGAUACUUCUGACAUCUAAGCUUGUCAUGCAUAGCAGAAAGAACGCUCUUUUUCCUUGAAUUUAGUGUAUGCUGAUGACUGGUAGGCCCUUGAGUAAUUGAAAGUUGGAAUGCAUGUUAAUAAUUGUUUGUGCUCUAUUUUAAGCACUUGUUUUUAGUGUGGGUUCUGGUAAUGGAGAAGUGUGUAAUUGUGGAAUGAUUUAUUGUAUAUGACAAAGCUCUUCACUGGCAACGAUUAAUCAAUUUUCAUUCACCUCUUCUUUUUUUUAUUAUUUCAAUUUGUUUCGUUAUUGAUAUACUCAAUGAAUGUAAAAGCUACACAAUCAAUUUACAGCAGCGAUCCAACAUUACAACUAUGAUAACUAAAUGUACAAACAUUUAUUCCAAACCAUUUGGAAUGUGAUGUACCAUUUUUUGAUUAGAUUUUAGUUUUGUCAGAGCCUUUACCCCAAACUUUAAUUUCCAGUUUUGUUUUGACACAACAGUAUUUUCAUUAUAUUGUUUUUCUUGUUGCAAUUACUUUUUUUAAAUUGCAUAUUUUUCAUCUGUCAAUUUCUCAAACAUUAGUCAGUAUGAUCCUAGCUUUUAUUUGAGGAUGAUUGAAUGGAUUCCUUAUCAUUUUUAGAAUUGGAUUUCACUUGAAAUGGGUUUUAAGGGUGCUGUCAUAUCAACUUGGUUUUCCUGCAGUAGCUAACCGAGUGUGGCAUACAAUACAUGCCCCCCUCCAUAGAACUGCAUUAAUUCCACUGAUCUCUCCUCUCUUGUUAGUUCAGAAGUUCAUGUUAAGGUUUAAACUAUGCAGCUGUAGGUGGGUGCAUCCAAAUCCUUUUUGUCUAGUGCUUUCAGUCAGAGCUGAAUAUAUUACAUUGUAGUGUGUCAUUUCAUAAGUACAUAGUAAAGACUGUGUCCUGGGUUGAUGGGUGACAAACAAAGCAUUUUUUUGUCAGCCCAGCAACCAUUCAUUGUAAUGCCUAUGAUUUUGUCCUUUUCUUCCCUGUGAGAAAUGCCUGCCCAUUUGAAAGAUUGCCUUAAUAUUACUUUGUUGUUUUUGUCCUCGAUGUAGAUGGCUGUAGGUCUGUCUGUUUUGCUUUCAGUUCAUGCUCAUCAUCCCGUCAUUCAGAAUGAUCUCCAUAGGCAUCACAUCGGGCUUAUCUUGCCAAAUGUGUCCCUGGGUUUCGUCACACCCUGUAUGUAGUAUAGUUGACUAUACGAUCACCAACAUUUUGUGUUAUGGUACAGGAGGUAUCUUAGAUAUGAAUUUGACCUUACUCUCACAGCACAGGAUAUUAGUUAUGUGUUCUCACCCGGACCUUAAAUGUUACGACAUCCAUCCCCCAAUACUGAGCAUGGCAACCAUUUGACCUGGUUUUCCUUCAAUUCUUAUAGCAGCACAUUAUGCCUUUUGCACUAACCUGCUGCACCAUCCCAGUAAAUAGCUCCUCUGUUUAAAUGUGAAUAUAAGGGGUCAAAGGUAACGAUGACCAAAACUUUUCUCCAGUGCAACUGUAAAUUAUUUGAGUUGAAAUAAACUUGUCAUCUGUUGAAGAUAUUUGUGUUCACAUUUCUCCUCUCUAUCCCAACAUGUUCCAUGUCUCCACCUUAGCAUCCUACCUACAGUUAACUGACCAUAUAUGCCAUCUUAAACUGCAACUCAACAAUUGGAACGGUAUCUAUGUAAUAGGGUAAAUAACAUUCAGCUUGAUUUUCAACCAUGACAAAUGGUCCAAACAUGAAAUUUGGUAUGUCUUUGUUUUGAGAUUCACAUAGAUUGACUUUUGCUUCAGUCAUUACAUAUUUUGUCCUACAAAACAUUCACCAUCAUCAUCCUGUCUUUGAAGCCUUCUCUAACUUUUUUUUAUCCAUGGGCCCUCAACUCAUUUGAUUGAAAAAGUAAACAAUGUAGGUAACCUAUAGAAACUACUGAAAACCAUACAUUAGAAAUGGCUGGUUCCAUUCCAGUUUGCAACCUGCGUUUCUGUGAAGAAAGAAUAAUUUUGUUCCUGGCACUGAAAUGGCAGUGAUGGUGACGUCUAUCUUAUUAAACGGAAAUUGACAGAAGACAGACAGCCUCCUGGGCUGUUGUUCAGAUCAUAUUGAUCUCCCCCUCUUUCGUGUGGCUCAGUAAUUGUAUUUGUGGAUGGUUUUCUCCAACUCAAAACACAAGUAUGAUGCCAUUGCAAUUCUUUCACUUGUCUUGUUGCAUGAUUGAAAUGUUAACAACCGCUGCUCCGUUUGUAUGAUGAUUGACAAUCCCUCUGUUUCUGUACUGUUCGUAAAAUAGGCAUAUGCUUUGCUGAAUAAAAUCAAAGUUGGACUACUGAUGAA